UUUUGUCUUAAUUUUAACGAUGUGUACACAUAACCAUGAAGUAAACAACUCGGUCGUUUUUUGUUAACAGAAACAUAUUUGUUCAAAAUCAAUUUAUAUAAUAGUACAAUAAACACAAAAUUGGAUUCACUAAUUAUUUUAUCCUUUAUUAAGAACCUGAAAAAAUAUUCAUCUUGUUUUAACUAGAAAUAAGAACUUACAUUUCACGUUGAUGAAAAACUAUUUCUUUUAAAGCAAAAAUAAAACAAAAAUGACGAAUAUGUACACAUCCAUAAUAAAUUACAUAAUUCAAACAAAAGAUUCUCUCCAAGAGUUUAUACAAAGUGAAGUUAAAUAUGAUGAAGAAAUCGAUUCAUGGUUAUUCGUAAGCAAGCCAUGGCCAGUGCUUGGAAUAAUCAUUGUGUACUUAUUGUUCGUGACAAAAAUUGGUCCUAAAAUUAUGGAAAAUCGACAACCAUAUAAUAUUAUUAAUGUUAUUUUGGUUUUCAACUUUGUACAAUUUUCCUACAACGGUCUGCUUUGUUUAUGGAUUCUUUUGAUUCCCGGUAUACCAAAGUAUAUAUUUACUCACCUAUGCCAUAUCACUAAUGAAACUCAACACGAGAAAUAUUUAAUAAAAUGUCUACACACCGUUUCGUGGUUUUACUUCAUAUCCAAGAUCAUUGAUUUAUUAGAUACAGUGUUUUUCGUUUUGAGAAAAAAACAAUCCCAUGUAUCUUUUUUGCAUGUUUACCAUCAUACUAAAAUGGUAAUCUCGUGUUGGGUGCAUCUACGAUUUUUUAAAAGCGAACAAGCGGCUUAUGGUGCGUGGCUUAACUCAAGUGUUCAUAUCGCUAUGUAUGGAUAUUAUUUUCUUGCUGCUCUUGGACCAUAUAUGCAAAAAUAUCUGUGGUGGAAAGUUUAUGUGACUCGAUUACAAAUUGCUCAACUAUUCAUCGCUGUAGGUUAUAUAGUAUAUCUAUAUAAAUAUGACUGCACCAUGCCAAAAGCUUUAGCAUUCACCGUGAUUAUCGAUAUCUUUGCAUUUAUUUAUUUGUUCAUGGAUUUUUACAAGUCUGCUUAUAAGGAAAAUAAAAUAAACAUAGUAAGCAUAGACAACAAAAACAACAAAGAAGAUCAAAUAGAUGAAAUAGAUACUGUAGACAAAAUUAAAUCAUCAUAAGCGUGGAUUCUGUCAUAUUAUAUAAAUCGUUAUUUUAUAUACAUUUUACAUAUACUUAUUUGUAAUUAAUUAUAUUUAUACUAGGUCAAAAUUGUACAACUUACCUAAAGUAAGUUUGAUCCUUAAAAUAUGUAUACCAAUAAUAAGUCAAAUACAGCCACGUGACAAAAAAAAUGUAAUUCUAUUUAUAAGCCAUCUCGUCAUUAUGUAUUAACUUUUUCUCUCAUAAUACUUGCCAACUAUAAUACAAAUUAAAGAGAAUAUCCUCUAUGA